AUGGCAAUACGGCAUGUGCUUUGUGUUUUGAGUAUCGCACUCUGCUUUAUCUGCAGUUUUGUGGUAGCGGAAGAAACAGAAGAGACUCUUAAGCCUGCAGGUGGAGACUCAAAAACUGUUGAACAGGGUGAUCCUGAAGGUGCUGGAAAAGUAGGUUCUGUUGGUUCUGGUGUGAAGAAUCAGGUGGUUUCCAGUUCUGCUCAUCCUCACGUUCCAGAGAGUGAAGUUCAACAAGAAGAGCAUGUCGAAAGUGAAAGGGAAAAGAAAACAGGUGCUCUAGGUACGGUUACACCUAAUGAUAAAGAAAAACGUGAGACAGAACAAACGUCUGAUUUGGAACAUCACGAUCAAGUAGGACAUAAUAGAGGUGUGGAAAAGAAACCUCCUACACAGUCUCCUCCUACUCAACCUGGUACUGCACCUAUUCCUGGUGGAACAGGUGUUGCUGGU